AGUUUUUUUUUUUUUUUUUCCCGAUGUUUGUUCUUUUUCUUUUUGUCUUGGUUGUUAUUUGGGCUAGAAAAUGAAUUUUAAAUGCGUGCUCUAAACUUUUUUCUAUAUAGUUCUCUGGAAAGAACUGGAAAAGGGAAAGUUUGAAAUUAUCUUAUCUUUUCUGGUUGGGAAGUAAUUAUGCAAACACUUGCAUUUGUUUUGUUCGGCUUCCAAGAAAGCAUAUAAAAACCAAAGAAAAUCCGGGAUUCUAGUGCAAUUUUUCAUAUUUUGUGGCCCCGUACUUUCUUUCCCUUUCCCGAUCAGACGCAAAUUCUUGUUCUAUAGUUACGUGCAAAAAUAGAGGACAACGACAACGCUUUAGUUGGUAUCCCACGUUUCGUCUGCAUUGUUUUCUUUUUUCAUAAACAAAAGGAAAACUUUCCAGGAAUAUUUGCGAGGAGAGUGACUCUGAAGAAAGAGAGCAAGAUGAAUGGAUGGCAAGGAGAGUCACCGAAGAGUAUGGCGAUGAAGUUGAUGACAUGACAGAGAAAUUCCAGUGCCUGGUCCUCCAUAAGCAUGGCAAAGCCAAACGAGUUGAUUGGAUUAUCAGGUGAAGACCUCUCCUGGGAGAAACAUAGCCUGUGGAGGCAAGAACUGAAGAACAGAGCUGCAAGGCUAGAGAAGCAGCUCAAGACAAGGUGGGAACUUGAGGAGCUAAUUGAAGAACAGCUGAAUAGGUUCCGUGCCCAUUACAACAGAGCCAUGGUCCCUACCCGGCUCAAGGAUGUGGCCCAACUCCUAAUGCCCAACUGGACCCCACCUCAGGAAUUGGCCUCCCUUACGUGGCUUGGCGAUUGGCGACCCUCAGCCAUGCUGGACCUUGUCCGUGGCCUGGCACGCUCAUCGCUAUCAUCUUCUCUCUUGUCAGACUCAGUGGGCAAUGAAAAGCUCCUAUCUCAGCUUAUACACGAUGCACGCAUUGAAGAAGCAGUACUCGAUGAGGAAAUGGCUGAGAUUCAAGCUACUUGCAUUCUACACAUUUCAUUCACUCCAAUGAGCAACCGGUCAAUUGGUUCUGCCUUAGAAUGCAUUCUGUCUGAGUUCAAGAAAAUCGAACGAGUCAUCACUAAGGCCCAAAACCUCAGGUUUAAGGCAUUGGAGUUGGUGGUAAAGAAGGUGUUGAGCAAAACUGAUGCAGCCGAAUUCCUAGUAGCUUUUGAGGGAAUUCAAGAUGCCAUCCACCAGCUAGCAGCAAACCAAAGGCUCCGAAAGGGCCUGGUCACGGUGUCUGUCAAGGCAUUGGGGUGUAGUUGAGAAGCAAAAAAAUGAUGGUAGUCCCCCAUUCAGGAAAAUCCUGUUUUCCAUUUUGCUGGAACAGAAGUUGUAAAAGAUCUUGAAUGACAAUGUUUGUGUUUGUACACCUCCAUGGGGAGAUUUUGGAAAUGCUAAUAAGGUUUUUCGACUUAAAA